UCCUAAUUGUGCACUUCCCCGCACACGCUCAUUCUCACCUCACUAUCAUCUGGAUACACACGCAAUUCACAAUCUGAAAUUCUCAAAAAGCACACACGAGAUAGCGGAGGAUAAAUUCUGCAAUCUGAAAGUUCCAAAAGCAAUCUCUGAAAAGCUAAUUAAAAUAAGGAUUUCGGAAAGGAUUUGGAGACGAAUUAACUCCUGGAAGUUUAAAGUUCAAAUCCUUUUUCUUCUGGGUUAUAAAGCUGUUGAAGCUUGGAUUGGGAGCUGAUCUCGCCGCUGAUUACGAUGUUGUCCAGUAGCUGAGCUUCAACAUUACAUCUGUUUUUCAGCCUUUGUUUUGGCUUUCGAUUUUUAUUUGCGGUUCAGAAAGUAUUUUAGAGGGGUGUCAUGGGGUUGAGCAAAACUGAAGUGAACUUGAAGAGAUUACUUGUAACUGCACCACAACAGCAAAAUCAAGCAAAGCUUAUACAUUAUGUUGCUACUUUGCGUGAACUGCUGGAGCAGGUGGCUGAAGAGAGGAAUUCAGACGGAUUACCAAGAGUUUCAAAAGCCAAGGUGAACGAAUAUGCAGAGAACAUUGAAGUCAUUGCUGCCAAGUUAGCUAUGCCCAUGCAAAUCCAGUCUGAUGUGCAAACACCUGAGGAACCUGUGGCUGAGACUUCGAGCAGCGGAACUCCCAAAGCAGAAGACAGUGUGAGUUCUGCUUCUGAAGGACUGAGAAGAAGAGUCGGGGUCCAUUCAAACAAUGAGGAGAGAUCUCGAGACUCCAUUGAUUCUGGUCAAUCAGCUGCAGUCAAACUGGAUGAUGCUGCAUGGACACAUAUUGAGAAGCACAGGAAACUUCAGGAGGACUUGACUGAUGAAAUGGUUGUUUUAGCACGGCAGCUCAAAGAGAGUAGUCUCGUGAUGAAUCAAUCCAUCAAAAACACUGAGAAAAUACUUGAUUCAACUGAGAAAGCAGUUGAGCAUAGCCUAGCAAGUACAGGGCAUGCAACUUCCAGGGCUAUGGAUGUGUAUUCCCGAAGCUUCAAGACUACAUGCUUCCAAUGGCUUUUGAUCUUUGUGAUGACAUUAGUCUUUGUCAUGGUUGUAUUACUUAUUCGAGUGACUUAGCAGUCGCCCUUUGUUAGUGGAGAUUUGACAAAAUGCUUGGUUUUUUUGUUACCUUGUAUAGUACCAGAGGAACCUCAUCAGUAAAAUGCUAUCUGUAAUUUUAGUUUAACAAAGUUAAAGUUAUUUUGGGGGA